UUCAUGAUGAUGUUGGUUUUAGGAUCAUAUGGCGAUGGAACCAUUAGCCUAUAAUGAGGUCCACACCCGGCCUUCUCUUGAAGAACGCUUGGAGAGCAUUAUUAGCGGUGCUGCCCUAAUGGCAGAUUCGAGCUGCACUAGAGAUGAAAGAAGAGAACGUAUAGUUGCACAAACGAAAUGGGAAGAUAGUAAUGUGGAUAACGUCGACGUUUAUUUUCAACAAUACGGCGCUACGUGCCAUACAAGCAACGAAACAAUCGCAAUUUUGCAAAAAAACUUUUUUGACCGUGUUAUUUCUCGGAAAAAGGUGAUCGCAACUGGCCUCCAAGAUCUUGUGAUUUAACACCUUUAGACUUUUUUCUUUGAGGCCACGUGAAAGACAAUGUCUAUGCCAAUGCUCCACAAUCGUAGAGAUUGUAUCACUGGGAGAUUAAACAAAAAUGUUAUAAAUUUUUUUUAUCUCUUAUUCUAUUCUUUCGAUUUCAUUGCAAUUAUGUGUGUCAAUAUUUUGCUGGAUAGAGAUUCAUCUUCAUGGGCCUCUGCAAUGGUUGGAUUUGACUUUUGACGCAGAUGGGUGCUCCUCGCAAUGCAAUCAAUUCAGUAUUAUAAUUCAAGAUUCAUCUUCAUGGGCCUCUGCAAUGGUUGGAUUUGACUUUUGACGCAGAUGGGUGCUCCUCGCAAUGCAAUCAAUUCAGUAUUAUAAUUCAACAAAUAAACUUCGGGAUGAUUUGGCAGCUGCCAGAGCUGUACUCAAGAAACAUUCCACGAUGUUAUUGACAGCUUCUAAAGUAUACGUAAGACAUCCUGAAUUAGCUGCGGCCAAAGCAAACAGAGAUUACGUGUUGAAGCAAGUUUGUGAAGCAGUCAACACCAUAAAUGAUGUUGCUCAGGGUAGAGUCACUCAACCGUCGUCUUGUCCUUAUGACGGACCAGGUGAAUUGGCAGCUGCACUUGAUGAAUUUGAUGAUCAUAUGGCGAUGGAACCAUUAGCCUAUAAUGAGGUCCACACCCGGCCUUCUCUUGAAGAACGCUUGGAGAGCAUUAUUAGCGGUGCUGCCCUAAUGGCAGAUUCGAGCUGCACUAGAGAUGAAAGAAGAGAACGUAUAGUUGCACAAACGAAAUGGGAAGAUAGUUAUGUGGAUAACGUCGACGUUUAUUUUCAACAAUACGGCGCUACGUGCCAUACAAGCAACGAAACAAUCGCAAUUUUGCAAAAAAACUUUUUUGACCGUGUUAUUUCUCGGAAAAAGGUGAUCGCAACUGGCCUCCAAGAUCUUGUGAUUUAA